AUGAGGAACUCGAAGAUUCUGGUGAUUGGAGUCAGUGCUGCUACGAACGAGGUGGUGAAGAAUCUGGUGCUGGCGGGAGUCGGGUCGCUGACGAUUCUCGAUGAGAAGGAGGUUCGUGCGAGGGAUUUGGGUGCCCAGUUUUUUAUUGAUGAGACUGAUGUUGGUAAGAAGAUUGCCGAGGCGGUCAAGUUUCGUGUUCAGAGACUCAAUCCACGAGUGGGUCUUGAGAUUGUCACUGCCAGCCUCGAGGAGAAGCUGGCGUCAGAGGGUGGUGAACAGUGGGUUCAGGGGUUCGACGUGGUUGUAGCGUCGAAUCUCGAUUAUCAUCAGCUGGCCCGUGUUAAUGGCUUAACCCGUGCUGCUCAUAAAAGUUUCUAUGCCACUCAGUUGUUUGGUUUGUUCGGGUAUGUGUUCACUGACUUGGUGCAACACACUUUCACUACUGAAAAAGAGAAGUCUAAUAUAGCCACAGUAGUGGGUCCAGAAACCAAGACCCGGUCUGUUAUCAAAGUCGAAACGAGAAAAGAUGGUCCGAAAUAUCUAGAAACCAUCACGAAAUCAGAGGUGUAUAAACCGUUUACCGACAUUGUCGCCGACCCACUGUUUGCUGCAAAAUACACUGCCCGAAAACUGUUGAAAGUAUCAACACUGCUUCCUAUCAUUCUCGGAUACUGGCAAUUACAAUUACAAUCCAGUUCUAACAAGAACAACGACGAAGAAGGAGCACAUCAACAAUCAACUCUGAUUGACGAGACGUCUCUGUACGAAGCAGCAGUCGACAAAGCGCGACAAUUGGGCAUUCCUGCUGCUGUCGUCAAACCCGACACAGUCCACACGUUCGUGUCGUCCCUCGACACCGAACUCUCGCCAGUGGCAGCCGUCAUCGGCGGCAUCCUCGCCCAAGACGUGCUCAACGUGCUGGGCCAGAAAGAACAGCCCAUCCAAAACCUCUUCAUCUUCUCUGGCGCCUCCAGUGAAGGUCCUAUUUAUACUGUAUAA